CCAGGCUGUUGAUUCGUAGAGCCUGCAUAGCACGAACAAGAUCAUACCUCGUCAUCUGCCAUCGGACAUCUGCAUUUUGUCCUACAAUCAUCCGUUAAAGUUUGGUCCAGUCCACCUUACAUCUGUCCGUGCACGCAACCUUACAUUGACCCGCUAUCCUCCAAGACCACAAAAUCUACCCCAGGCCUAAACAUGAUGCAGAUCAGUAACGACGCCUACUGCAACAAGCACUCCCUGCUCAAUGUGAUGAACCGUUUCAUCGCGGCAGCCAACAACAUGGAUGAGACCAUUAUGGUGCCCAGUUUGCUGCGGGAUGUACCUUUAGAGGAGCAAGAGAACCAAGGUGCCAAGAUUAGUCAAAACAACAACGAGCCUACUUUCCCCAGCAAGCAGAGGGAUAUGUAUGAGCAUUACCUUUUGCUGAAGUCCCUUAAGAAUGAUAUGGAAUGGGGCCUUCUGAAGAGAGAAAUGAGUGGUGGAGCCAGUUUCCUUGAGAUGGCAGUCAAGCAUGAGGAGCAGCAGAUAACUGGGGUACCACCAGAGGAUGGCACAGACUUGGAGAGCCAGUUUCAUUACCACUUGCGUGGACUGUUUGGGGUCCUGUCUAAACUCACAGUCCAAGCAGACCACCUCACUAAUCGUUACAAGAGAGAAAUUGGUGGGGGAAGCCUGACAAGAUAGGAACAGGACAAAUCUUUAACAUGGACUACUGUAGAGGUGUUUUCAGUUAGGCGGUCAUGGGAUAUUGGUGAACUGUUGUGAAGGUUCUAGAGUGUUCUCUGGCAUCCAAUGGGAUGAGCCACUUGCCUGAACGGAGCAACAACCCUGUGAUCUGUAUUUUGUUUCUCUCUUGUCAGGGCAGUGACUACUCCAGCCCUUCUGUGUUCUUUCCACAUUCUGCCCACUUGACUAAUGAAAACUGUAGAUGGGUUUCAUUACCACUGGCAUAUGUAGCGUAAUGUGUAAUGGCUAUUCUGGUUUCAAAUAAAGGGCUGUACGUUUCAA